CCUAUCCAAUAGAAAACUUCACAUUUACAAUGUUUAAGUUGUUACCUAUAGAGCAGUUAUGGGGACCUCUACUCUUGUGACAGGGUCUGUGUGAUUCUGGGGCCACAGGCACCAAACAGCUCUGAGGAAGGGGUUGGGAGGCAGGCCGAUCUCACCAUGAACGCUGAGCGAAAUGCAAGCUGGGUUUGUUUUCCUCUCUCCUCCCUUCUUCCCUGAUUAAUUUAAUAAAGUUUAUAGGGAUGGUUUCAAUAAUGAUGUUCUGUCCACAAAGUCAACAGAAAAGGAGAAAAAGCCAGUCCCUGUUGGAUCCCUAUGCCCUCGGCCAUCCGGGCACACGGGAAGGGAAGCUGCCCAGCUGCAGAGCCGCCGAUGAGCUGAGCGGGCGCCGCAUGCACGGGUUUACCAACUUCAGAGAGAAAUGCUCUCCAGGCGCCCAGUGGACUCCAUGCUUCAGGAACCCCAAUUCCCACAGGGCCCUCACCGAAGGAAUCACGAAAUGCUCAAGGAAAGCAAGGGUCCCUGAAGAGGCGAAUGCUCCAGGGAAGCGCAGAGAUUUCACUUGGGAAAUGGGGCGCGGGGGAACGUGGCAAAGCUCCUCUCCAAGUGGAGGACAGCCCGGGAGAAGGCCCAUCGCUGAACCGAAGGCCAAGGGCACUGCUGGGCUUUGGGAGAUUCAGAAGCAUGUCCGGAGUCCGCCUGAAGCCGUCUUGUCAGCUCAGGCCCUGUCUCUGGGGCGCAUUCACAAGCAGUCGCGGGCGACUUAGGAGGAGGGAGUUGUACGGAAUGAAGGAGUCGGCCAUCGCCCAAGUAACGGGGUGGGGGUGGGAGAGGACGACUAAGUUCUGUCUCCAUAGAGACCGUGCCCGCCGAGCAGCAACAUUACUAAUGCUGGCCGCACCGAGACGGACAGCCAAGGUCCAGGGGGAGCCACGAGUGAAGGUUGGCAAAGCUGCCCUGACCCCCGAGACCCAAAGCCCCGAUCUGCCUCCCCGAAAGCCUCGUGACCCUGAGACGCGUCCCACCUCUAGGCCUGGGGCCUCGAAUAUUUAGGCCGGGUAAGAGGAAGGGCUAAGCUGGGGAAGGGGCCGGGGUCGCUGCCCUCACCAGUCCUGGUGGUCCAGGCACCAAUCCAUGGCGCCCAAGAAAAAGCGCGGGCCGAGCGCGGGGAGCCAGCCAGGCGGUGCGGCGGCCGCGGGUGCCGAGCAGCCGCUGUCUGAGCGGGCGCAGUACCUGCAACGCGAACACGCGCUGCUCUCGGAGCAGCUGGACGCCUGUGAGGAGCGCGUGGACCAGGUGCUGCAGGAGAACGCCUUCCUGGACCGCGAGGCGCUGCGCCUGCGCGAGGAGAACCGGCUCUACGCCAGCUACGUGAGCGCCCGCGCGCAGCGCUGCGCCAACGCCAUCGUCCGGCUGGACGAGCAGAACCGCGUGGACCUGGCGCAGAUCCACUGGCAGCGGGCGGAACUGGCCUCGCUCUACCACGGGCGCGAGGACGGGGUACGCGCGCAGCUGCUGGAGAUGGAGGCACGCGCGGCACAGAUGGCGCGGCAGGUGCAGGAGCUGCAGCCCUACAAGGUGCUGCAACUGGAGCAGCUGGCUCGGAUCCGGGCGCUGGAGCGCGAUCUUCUGCAUAUGCGCGUGGAGCACACACAGCUGCUCCACCGCGUGAAGGGGCGCUUCCUGGAGGACAAGGCGGCCUUCGAGCGCGAGGCGCGUCAGCGCGUGCAGUCCCUGGCACGGCGCGCCGAGCGGGAGGCGGCGCGCGCGCUUGUGGCGCACACGCAGGCCAUCAAGGCGGACAACGGGCGCCUGCGGCAGGAGCUGCUGCAGCUGCUCCGCCGGACCCAGCUGCUGCACGACACGCGGCGCCAGCUGCUGGAACAGCGCGAGCAGCUGCACCGCGAGCACGAGGACACGCGGGACCUGGCGCGUGUGCACGGUUGGCUGCGCAGGGGCCCCGGAGGCCCGCCGCUCUGGGAGCCGCCGGCCUCCUCCCAGCCCAUCUCGCGCCCCGGGUCAUUAGCCGCCCCCAUAGGCCCGUCGCGGGCGGCCUCCCAGACCCCGUCCGUGGUCUCGUCGCGCGCGGCCUCCCGGGCCCCGUCCGUGGUCCCGUUGCGCGAGGCUUCCCGGGUCCCCUCGAUGGUGCUAUCAAUCAUGGACUCCAGGGUCCCAUCGCUGGCCACUUCAAAGGUGCGAUCCCGGAUCCCGUCCCUGACCGCGUCGCGCGCAGGCUUCCGGGCCCUGUCGCUGGCGCAGUCACUCGAGGGCUCUCGGAUCUCUUCGGGGUCCUCAUUGAGGGUGUCCUCACAGGACACUCUCCGCUCCACGAAGUCUGGCCCCAAGCUUCCCUCUGCUCUGUCCCGGGAUCGGGAUCCGGCCCUUCUCCCCCCACAGUCGGAGGACAGCGUGAAUGCUGAGGCUGCGGCAGAAGCCUCCCCGGGGAGAGCCUGAACCUGCAGGGAGGGAGGCCCGGGAAGCCCUGGUGUGGGCGAGCCUGGCGCGCAGGACGCUUAGGGGGAUAAUGCAAUGGUUAAUAAAGGCGUGGCCCCCAGGCGGCUCUGACACCCAUGUGCAAGCGCUAGCAUUUCCGGCCGGCACCGGGCCGCUCAUUCGUGCUUCCAAUUUCCAAGCUGCAAGGGAGGUCAGCGCCUGCUUUCCCUGAAUGCCCUCUGGGACCCGCGUCCCUGCCCGCAGCGGAGCCCCACCGCGAGCCGGCAGGCUCAGAAGCAAGCCCGGGCACCGGCGGGCGCGGACAGGCGCAAAGCAGCAGCUGGCAGCGGGGCCGCCACGGGGAGACCCGGGGGAAGAACCUGGGCUUUGUUCUCCGCGCCAAGAGGAGAAUAACCUAUUGGGUUAUGUCCAACCUAUUGGGAGAUUUUUAGUAAUUUAAAAACUUGGGUAUACUUUCCAACUUAGAGAAAGUUGCAAGAACAGCACAGGGACGGCCAUGGACCCUUUAUCCGAAUGCCUGGCCGCUGACGCUGCCCGUGAAUUUGGUCCGUGUGUAUCGCUGUGCGUGCGCGUUGCUUCGGAACCGUUUGAGAUGCGGUUGGAGACGCUGGCCCCGUAGCCGCGAAGUACUUUCGUGCGUAUCUCCUGAACAGAGGAUGUUCUCCUACGAUGCCGCAGUGCAGUGAUCAGAACCAGGACGUUUACUGUGGAGGAAUAUUAUCCCCAUCAUCGCUCACAUCGCAGUUUUGUCACCCGUCCCAAGUGUUUCUGUAGCUGUCCCCAUCUUCCAGGCUCACGUGUGGCAUUUAGUUGUCGCGUCUGGAUGUGUACAGGCGGUUAUUAAAAUGCCAAUCCGUGGAGGGUCAGACUUCUGGACUGCGUGGGACGCCCGCCCAGCUGGCGCUCAUGCUGCAUUGUGGCCACGACGCGACCAGCGAGUGCCCGCGGCUAGAGCGAGCCGCGCUUCGCGUCGGGGCGGCGUGGGUUCCGGGGGUGCGUGGGGGCGGCUGCGGCUCUGCGGAUUGGAGGUGGCCUCCCUUGCUCCUUGUCCCGCGGGCCGGCUCCUCCCUCUGAGCAGGCCUGUGGUGCUCAGCCUUGGCUUUGCUGAGGGCAGGGACGCGGAGUCCCAGAGAGCAUUCGGGGAAAGCAGGCGCUGAGCUCCCUUGCAGCUUGGAAAUUGGACGCAAGUGGGUGCCCCCAGUUCCCCCAGGGACCAGGGUGGGCCCACCUGAGCCAUCUCUGUCCCCUCACGAGGAGCUGCCAACGCUGGGGCUCUGUGUCCCAGGCGGGUGGGCAGGGAGGUGGGUGCAGCUGCUGUGAGGUGAGCAGCUUCCCUGGCUUGCAGGGCCCUGUGCACCUCCCUGCAUGGACCUUGACCUUAGGGUCUGUGUAGCUGGGGCGUCCCUGUGUGUGACGCUUUUUGGUGCAAGGGUGUCUGGCCCUGGGGCAAGAACUGUAUUGAGGAGAGGGACAGCUGGGCCCUGGAAAAAGUAAAGGGAGCCCACUCACUCAGCCUGUCUGAAGGUUGGUUCUUUGUGAAUAAAGAUCCAAACGUUAAAGUAAAACACACCUGUAAGUGGAUAAAUCUAGGACACUGACACCACCAAAGGCCCAAGGAUGAGGAGCAACAGGAGCUCCCAUUCAUUACUGGUGGGAAGGCAAAAUGGCACAGCCACUGGGGAAGACAGUUUGGCAGGUUCUAAACGUACUCUCACCAUACCAUCCACAAUAGCACUCCUUGGCAUUCGCCCAAAGGAGCUGAACAUUUGUGUCCAUAUGAAAACCCACACAUGGAGUUAGCCGGGUGUGAUGGUGCACACCUGUAAUCCCAGCGAAUAGGGAGGCUGAGGCACAUGAAUCGCUUGA